AUGAACACUAAUGACAGCAAGAAGAAGACAACGUCUAAGUCACGCAAACGUAAGACUAGUGACGUGGGUACGGGCGUUCGUUCCAAACUUGCUUCUACAAAGCGCUUUAUGACUGAUGCGACAGCAGAAGUUGCAGUGAAUGGCUUAGGCGCUGAAGCCAAUGCUGCUCAAGUAGCUCAACUAAAGCCGUUUGUGCGUGGGGAGUUCGUGGAAAGCAUCAAGCAAAUGCUCUUUGGGUUUGGUGAUGAGGCCGAGCCUCUUGAUGAAAGUGCAAAACUUAUGGAAGACUUGGUAGUGGAAUAUGUGCAUGCUAUGACUAAAAAAGCGAUGGAGUUGGCAACCAUCAAGGGCAAAUUGGAUACCGAGUGUUUUGUCUUUUUGAUUCGAAAGGAUCCAGAGCGCUAUGAACGCGUUGCUGAGCUCUUACGUGCAAACGAGGACUUUCGAGCUGCUUUAAAUAGUGGCUUUGAUCCGAGCGACGAAAAUAUGUACUAA